CAUAAAUUCUGAAGAAAGAAAAUUUGCCUGUGACCAGUUGAGGACAGUUGCUGAUACUGAAGAACAAAUCUGCCAAAAUGAAGCACUUCCUGAGGAUGCUUGUCCAGGUGUGCCUCUACUUCUACUGCAAAUGCUUGUGGCGCUGCCUGAAAUUUGUCGCGAGGAAACUGACGGGACGGUGUGAGCUGCAGCGGAUCUGCUACAGCAUGAAGCCCGGGGCCGGCAGGACUAUGAAAAUCGAAACGUCACUGAGGAGUUCAAAAAACAAGUUGCUGCAGAGUUCACUUAGCGUUCACCCAGAUGCAAUUGAAAAAACCAUAGAUGCCAUCAUGGGCCUGAAAAAGAUUAAUCCGGAUGUAAAUCCACAGCUCGGUGUAUCUCUGCAGGCCUGCCUCCUACAGAUUGUAGGGUACAGGAAUUUGAUUGCAGAGGUUGAAAAACUGCGCCGGGAGCCCUAUGAUUCGGAGGAUCCCGGCCAUGAAGAAAUGCUCCUGAAGCUAUGGAAAUGCUUGAAACCUGAUUCCCCAUUAGAAGCUCGGAUUUCCAAGCAGUGGUGUGAAAUUGGUUUCCAAGGUGAUGAUCCUAAAACAGACUUCAGAGGCAUGGGCCUUCUGGGCUUAUAUAAUUUGUUAUACUUUGCUGAACAGGAUGCUGCUGCAGCUCAACAGGUCCUCUCUGAUUCCCUUCAACCAAAGUACAGGGAAGUUACUAAAGAGGACCUAAGCAAAUGCAGCAAGGCUGAGUGGGAGAAGAAAAAGUUUGAUAAAGCAAUUGGCUACUCUUUUGCUAUUGUUGGCAUUAACAUCACGGACCUGGCGUACAACCUGCUUGUGAGCGGCGCUCUGAAAACGCACUUCUACAAUGUUGCUCCAGAAGCUCCGACGUUAACCCAUUUCCAGCAGACCUUCUGCUAUUUGAUGCAUGAAUUCCAUAAGUUCUGGAUUGAGGAGGAUCCAAUGGACAUCAUGGAGUUCAACCGCGUGCGGGAGAAGUUCCACAAGCGCAUCCUCAAACAGCUCCAGAACCCAGACAUGGCCCUGUGCCCGCACUUCGCUGCCUCAGAAAGCUUGAUAAACCUGUAGGCGUUGACUGGGUUUGGUUUGGAAACACUGCCUCAUUCACAUGUUUAGGCCACCAUCCUAGAGAAUAAAAAUCGCUCGUGUACGGAAUGACCAUAGCGAUUGUAUGCAUGCUUCUUGGUGCAGUAUUUCAUCUCUCUCGUUCUCUUUUUCGGCACCUCUCCUUGCGCUGCUCCUUUGGGCGGGGAGGGGCUUGUCAUGAAAAUGGAGUGCUCAUAUUGCGGCAUUUUGCAGUGUUAAAACAUUCUGAAUUGAUGUCCCCGUAUGAAGAAGUUUUUUCUAUUUUUUUAAGUCUCUUUUCCCUCUCCCUUCCCUGUCCCCCCCAUAAUUCAGCAUUCAAUUAAAGAACUGUGGUUCUCUAGCUGUGAGAUUUUUUUUUUUGUAUAUGUGGA